GCAUCUGGUAACAGUAGUUUCGGUUUCUAUAUAAAGCAGAGGAAGGUAGGAGCACGAGGACAAGCUAACCAAGGAGCUACCUAGCAACGCGCAGUAAGCAGCGUGGGCAAAGCUACGAGCGCCCGGCUAGCUUCGCCAUGAACAUGGGUGGGGUGUCCCCGUCGACAGUCCGGUGCAAGCACUGCAGCACGCAGCUCACCGUGUGCCCCGGCGAGCGCGCCAUCCAGUGCACGCAAUGCUGCGGCGUGACGCGUAUCCGGCGGCGGCGGGUCCAGCGGCCGGCGGCGGCGCCGCCCACCACGGGCUUCCCGCGCGCCCGCGGCAAGAAGCGGGCCCUCCUGAUCGGCAUCACGUACGCGGCGGGGCUGCGGCCAGCUGAGGGGGGCCCUCAACGACGUCAAGUGCAUGAGGCAACUCCUCUGCCAGCGCUUCGCCUUCCCCAGCGACUGCAUCAUCAUGCUCACUGCUGGACGAGCUCUCGCGGUGCAGAUGACCAGAAGGACCCGUUCAGGCUGCCCACCAAGGACAACAUCCGGUUGGGGAUGCAGUGGCUGGUGGAGGGGAGCAGCGAGGGCGACUCCCUCGUGUUCCACUUCUCCGGCCUGGGCGCGCAGGUCGCCGACGACGACGGCGACGAGCUGGACGGGUACGACGAGGCCAUCUGCCCGAUGGACUCGUUCCAGAAGGGACCCAUCCUGGACGACGAGAUCAACGAGACUAUGGUCCGCCCGCUGGUCCACGGCGUCAAGCUGCACGCCGUCGUCGACGCCUGCCACAGCGCCACCGUCCUCGACCUCCCGUUCUGCUGCAACAUGUCCAGAAGCGGGAGCUGGCAGUGGAAGGACGAGAGCCCCCCGUCCGGCGCCUACAGGGGCACGAGCGGCGGCAAGGCGAUGCUCAUCAGCGGCUACAGUGACGGCAAAGCCAAGUCCAGCGUGGCCAGUGCGCAGAAACCGGAGGCCUGCGCGACCAUGGGGGCCAUGACGCACAGCUUCAUCACGGCGGUGGAACGCGAGCCGCAGGGUGUCACCUACGGCCGCCUGCUCACCUCCAUGAAGGCCAUCAUGACCAACUCCGGCGGCUGCGCCGUGCAGGGUCCUAUUGGCGCCGGCGCGGCCGCCCGCAAGGUCGCCAACUUCAGCGGCGUGGAGGAACCCAACCUGUCCUCCUCGGAGAAGUUCGACAUCUACCGCAAGGCCUUUGUGCUGUAAACCUCCUCUGCAUCGGCCAUUGCAAACU